AUGACAGUCACAGUAGUGUAUGAUAACUCUGAGGCAACAGAGCUCUGUGCAGCUCAGCACCUCUACCUCAAGCCCAUAGCAAAAUUGAUGAUCAAUGUAUUGCUCCCAGAGAGUACAGAACCUGUGAGGCCCUUCUCUAACUGGGAAGUUCUUGAUCAACUGAAGAGCCUGAUUUGCCCUGACCAGUUCACCACAGUCCGGCUCUCCAAGAGCACCAAGGACUUCAUCCGAUUCGAGGGUGAGGCUGAAACCCGAAGUUUGGUUCAGAUCCUGAAGGCCAAGUUACAUGGGAAGAUCAUCAAGCUAAACGGUUUGAAAACAGACUUAAAAGUAGUGGCCACAGAUGCCCAGGGAGAGUGGGAACAUUUCCCCAAGGCAAAGGAGACCUCAUUGAGUGAUGGGACUGAAGAGCCAGACCAUGAUAAGAGCCCAGAUUCCAUAUAUUUCGAAGGCUUGCCCUGUAAGUGGUUUGCACCUAAAGGUUCCAGUGGGGAGAAGCCAUGUGAAGAGAUUCUUCGUGUGGUCUUUGAAAGUUUUGGGAAGAUCAAGAAUGUAGAUAUCCCAAUGCUUGACCCCUAUAGAGAAGUCAUGACUGGUGGGAGCUUUGGAAGUUUUAGCUUUGGCUUGCAGACAUUUGAGGCCUUUAUACAAUACCAAGAGUCAACUGACUUUGUAAAAGCUAUGGAGUCCCUUCGAGGGAUGAAGUUGAUGCUUAAAGGAGAUGAUGGGAAAGCCCUAGCAUGCAACAUUAAGGUUAUGUUUGAUACAACCAAACACUUCAGUGAAGGAGCUAUACGGAGGAGAAAUCAGGAAAGGCUAAAAUUACAAGAGCUGGAGGAAGAAAGGAAAAAGGAAAAGAAGAGAGAAGAAGAAGAAGCUGAAAGAAAAAGAAAAGAUGAGGAGAGGAAAACCCAGGAAAAGAGGAGGAAGGCCAGGGUCAGGAGGAGAGUCUUGAAGGAAAGAGACAGACAUCAGAGAAAGAAACACAAGGACAAAGCCAAAGCUGAGGUAUCUCAGGAACCUGACUCUUCAGAGGAGUGGACGGAGAGGAAGUACCUUCUGGCUCAGAGGCGUGUUGAGGCCCUUCGGUUGCUACGCACACUCCUGAGGAAAAUUGCAGUUUGGAUAAGAAGGAAGAGCCCUGAAGCAGAGCAAGAUCAUGCUCCAGAGAACACAUUGGAAACUCUGGAGAAUGAAGAGUUAAACACUCAGUAUCUUCGAAAUCAAGAGGAAAUGCCAAAAUAUCAGGUUGCCAAGUCGGACAAUAAACGAAAACAAAAAAUGAAGAAAAGAACUAGGACUCACUUACGUAAAUCUUCCCACCACCUUGGGAAGAAAAAGUUAAGGUAUUCAGCUAGAAAAGAGAGAACCAGAAAACUAUUAACUGAUGGAUAUAAUCAUAGUUUAAUCUCUGACCAGAAAUCUUUGCAGAUUACAACAAUUCAAGGUCAAUCUUUUGAGAAAGAAGAUUGCCACAGUCCUAAUGAAUUCUGUUCUUCCAGAUUACUUGAGAGAGACUGUGGUAGAAAACAGAAGAUCUAUGAAACAAAUGAAUUUGUCGACUAUCUAUUAAACUAUUAUCAAACCCCAAAAUAUGCCCGUAUCUUCCUAGAACCAGGUGACAUAACAAGCACAUGUCAGUGGCAGAGAGCUGUCCAUACCAAGGGGAAUGAAUUUCAGAUCAAGUUGAGAAAACGGAGAUAUCGCUCAACCAGUUUGAGCCCAACACGAAACCGGGAUCAGACAGAACAUGCUCAAGAAGACGAUCAUUGGACAAAGAUUUGUACUCAAGAUCCUGACCAUAAACCACAAGACAGAGAAAAAGUAGACUAUGCCAAAGAAUGUUCUAAGGGCUUUAAAAAUCAUCUCAAGGAUACAGCCAGUGAGGCUGAUGAUCAACUUUCCCCAACUGAUGGAGAGAGCCAUCUUUUGAAAGAGACUCAUGGUCACCAGAUCAAAGACCCUAAACCCAGAAAGAAUAGCCAAGUUUCUUCACCCUACAGGUCAGUAGGCUUAGCUUUGGAAUUGAAAGAUGUCUUAGAAGAAAUUAGUAGUGACUCCGAAUGCUUCAAUGAAACCUUUAGCAGCAUAAACAAAGAGGAGCAAGAAAAUUCUGUGGCUACAUAUCAUAGCUCCCCAGAAAAAGGACUCAUUGUCCCCGAUGAAAUCAUUACUUGUGAUCAAGAAGCUAGGUCAGGUCAGCAGACCUUGUCUUCAAAAUGUAAACAGAAUGGGGAGAAAAAACACUCUAAAUGCAAGCUUAGGAAACCAGGCAAGAGGUCUAAGUAUGAACUGAGAUGCUCAUGGCUUGGUGAUGAAGACAAUUCCAUUAGAAAUGAGAGAAGCAACAGCAAAAGGAGGGGAAAGCCAGCCCCAAAAUACUUGUUUGAUGAAGGUUGCUAUCAUAAGUCCAAUUCCAUCGAUCUAUUAGAGGACAUUACAAGAAAGAGGAGGAGGUUUAUUGGUACCACAUUUGACCACAAAGUGAAUUACAGACCUUUUCAUGUGCCAGUAACAUCAUCACAAAGUGCUAGUGCUUUUUAUCUGAGAGAUUUUUCUCCAAGAAGGGAGACUCCUUGGAAAUCAAAAUAUAAACAGGAUGAAAAAAGGUUUAAAAGACAUGGAAAUGCUGAAGAUUUCAUGCUGAAUUCUGAUAAUUAUUAUAUUAGACAUAACAGUCAGGAAGACAUUGACUAUGGAAGCUAUUUAGAAAACAACUACGCUAGUUCUUUAUAUUUUCAAAUGUUUUGA